CAACAACCAGUGGCUCGCAUCAGCAUAAGAUAAAUGACCUCUCUACUACUACUCGCGGCUCUCCAGCACCGACCGCGCCUCUCAGCAAGGUCAUUACUCUUUCCAACGACCGUUCCUCCGAUGAGCGACAAGGUACUAUCCCUGGUGUCAUUACCGGCUACGUUCUGACCGAGUGCCUUGUCCGUGUGGACCAUCUGCCUGAAGUGACGGAUAGGACCAGCACAGCGAAAACACGACAAGAACCUCCAGCUGCACUUGGCGAGCAGCUGCGCGACCUUGCUCAGGGAAAGGUAGACAGAAGGCCAGCAUCAACAAAGCCGCCUCGUCUUCAGCGGUUCGAAGUGCUGAAAACCAACACAGCGCGAUCGCUCUCCUCGGGGAAAAUGCAAAGAAUGUACGUCGAGUCGCUCUGGACCAUCGCAAAUUACCUGUACAAGGAGCUGAUGCCUUUUUUGACGACAAAAACGGAUGUUGCUGAGGCUGACCCGAAGAAGCCCGAAGGAGGUGGAGGUCGCUCGGCCGUACCACGGCCCCCGGUCGCGGGCGCGCCUGCCGCGGAAGAGCGGCGAUUCCACCGUGCCCAAGCCCUCGAGCAAAACCGGAGAGAGUUCGCGGCAAUUUUGGCUGAGAGUGAGCCAAAAUUUGACUGUUCUCAGUCUACCCAUGGAACAAGAACCUCCGCGGAGGCCAGUGCGACUCCUACCUCGGUUGCCUCUCAACUACAUGACGCGGUUGAAACCAUGAACGCCCGGGUGUUUUACCUGCUACACAAGCGAGUGAAAGACCAGUUUGUCAUCGAUACGUACCGAAAUCUGGUCCACGAUGGAACGGCGUACCUGACCCGAAACUAUUUGAAAGUCGAAGCCGACCUGCGGGAAUUACGGGCAAGCCCGGGCUUGUAUCUGGAACGGAUGCUGAAAACAGAGUGGCUGCGAGCACUUGCGAGAAAAAAGAGAACUUGUACUUCCGAAGAUUUUUGUGAAGCUGCAAGCAAAACACGUACGCGACCCAGCGUGCUGCCGAGCCAUCCUUACAGCCCCGAAAUUGUAGAGCCAAACCACAUGGCACCUAUUGUCGUCGGCAUGGCCUUCUACCGGCAAGGCUUGUUUCUGAUGGAGGACGGUAUUUUGGCAUCCUUGGAAGCGCUUUUCUGGCUCCCGAUUGCACGGAGAAGGUCGGUUUGCUCUCUGCUGCAAGACAAAGACUGCUUCUGGUUAACGCCCGACGAGGCGGAAAUUUUGAGGCUGGCCCGGUCGGCACGACAGAUGGGAUCACAGUUGGGAGAUGUGACAGUGCCGUCGGAUGAACGAAAAAAAUGUGAUAGUACGUCGAAGCUAUCGCUGUAGUAAGAAAAAGAAUAAGAAACUACGACGGGGAGGAGUCCUUUUUUUACACCAAUUUUUUAUGAAGUUUCUAUGUAUAAUUGAAGAAGCAGAAGCACUGCUCGCUGGAAUAAAUCAUAAUGAUGCAUCUAGAUUUUUAUUUGCAGAUUCAUUUCUGAAAUAAACGAAAAGGAAAAGACGGCUUAGCGACCAAAUUGAUGAAGCACGACGUCGACAGCCAUACUACACGUUUUGACACUUUGAGUUUGAUCACUUUGCAAAGAAGCUAAUACUCUCCAAGUAAUGUUGCUGGAGCGUAGAACGCAUAGAAACUAACCCGAUUGUACUAGUCAACAUAAUUUUAUUUUCACCUAUUGCAGGCGCAGGGAGUUGGACAUGCAACGUGGAUGCGUCAGUGAAUUGCAGUACAUGCAACGGGAUGCAGGUGCAAAUGUAGCACGUGCACAGGCUUAGAAAGUAGCGUCAGUGCAGCUGCUCAUUUCAUUACAGUAGUGUUGCUGCUAGUGACAGUGAGCCCAGUUUCCUUCAUAAAGGUCGUGCUGGAAGUAGAGUGACGUCGCAUGAACACAAUCGAACCUUCACAGUGUGAACAGCGUACAGUGUUGUACAAGUAAGAUUUACACGAAAUUGAGGAGCAACACG